UUUGCCCUAAGUGUUUACCAAACAGGCUAGUGUUGACGAGGGCCUCAACUUCCCGGCAGUCCUCGAGGUCGUUCCUGGUGGAAAGAUCCACCGGGCACCACCUGCCGGUGCCCCCCAUCGAAAGCGCCUCUUACGGUCCGGGACGUCGCGAAGGUCGUCGAUGCGGGCGGUGUCCGGGACUCCUCCUCCAACGGCACCGGUGGGUGUUCGGAGGAGAACGCACAUGGUCUGGAGCGCGGCCACCUUGGUGGCCUCGCCAGCGCCCGGCCGACGGCGCGCUGGUGGGCGCUCGACGUGCAGGCACCGCCGGGAGGCGCUGAGCCCCCUGCCGCUAGAAGACUGGCUGAGCCGCAACGAUGUCCCAUGCCAUGCCCAGUGGUUCCCAGCGUGCUGGCGGCAAAGGCCGCUGCCGCCGCUGUGCCUGCGAUCCACGGGAGGGCUUGGUUGAUGAUGAUUGAUGCAACAAAUAUUUAGUAUUUGGAUUUAGCUGUGGUGUUCAAACAUAUCAAUCCCCUGUUCCUGCAGAAGUAGAAUACAAUCAAUCCACUGCAACUGAGACUAGCCACAGGACAAUGGGUGCGAAUCACGCGACUCAGAAAACUUGAAAAGAUGCUAUCCCAGCUGACAGUUCUACUACUUGAUGUUAUAAUUCUAAUAUUCUUGUUACAAUUCCUGGUCAAGUUUGCAGUGAAGCUUUACAAAAGGCAUUGCCUAAGUUCGGCUUGUGUCAAAUACUUAUCUGACGAACUUAUACGAAAUUCCAGUAGGAUCCUUGGGAUGACAUCUAUGAUCUCUUUGCUCACUGAGCUACAAGCAUGCUUAGAUUGCUGGCUGCAGCUAAAUUGCCGUUCAAUUUUUGUGAUAUUAUUUUAACCAUUUACCACAUAUCUGAAGAGUGAUUAAAUGAAUCUGCACCAUUGAACAGAGUGUUUCAAGUAUUUUCACAGAAGAAAAUAUGUCCAAUGGUUUAAUUGCUUACCUUUUACUUCUCCUAGUUGUCUUGUAUUUCACUGAUCUUGGUAUUUUGCAGCUGAUAAUGGACAGAUAGACUGUUUCUCAACCAUGGCAAGUACACCAAUUUUAACAGUAAAGACCCUUCAUAUCAAUUCAGCGAUUCUUGCUGCAGGAAGUCGUUUCUUUCUAAAGCUUUUCUCAAAUGGCAUGAAUGAAUCUGAUCAGACGCAUCCAAGAAUCAGGAUUGCUGAUUCAGAGGAAAAAGCCUUUAUGGAGCUUUUAAGCUUCAUGUACAGUGGAAAGUUGACAACAAUUGAGCCCACUCUUCUGCUCGACAUCUUAAUGGCUGCCGACAAAUUUGAGGUUCUUUCUUGCAUGAGGUACUGCAGUCAGCUGCUCAGAAGCCUGCCUAUGACCACAGAAUCUGCACUGCUAUACCUAGACCAUCCAUGCUCCCUUUCAAUGGCUGCUGAAGUUCAGAGUGUGGUAGGUGCAGCCAGGGAAUUCCUUGCUGAGAAAUACAAGAUUUUAGACAAGUUUGAAGAAGUGAUGAACAUCUCUCUUUCUGGAAUCGAGGCGAUCUUUUCGAGCACUGACAUACAAGUAGCAUCUGAAGAUGCGGUAUAUAACUUCUUGCUCGAGUGGGCCCGUGCGCGAUACCUGGAACCGGAGGAAAGACGCGAGAUCUUGAGCAGCCGUUUGCUUCCGCUGGUACGCUUCAGUCAUAUGACAUGUGCCGCACUUCAGGAGAUCCUAGCAUGCACUGAUGAUGAUAUAGACCGUGAGCAAGUAACCAAGCACAUCAAUGAGGUCCUCCUCCACAAAGCUUACCCAACCCAGAUGGAAGGUGCUCUUGCAGCAGAUGUAUCAACUCUCGAUUGGCAAUCUGUUGAGCGAACUUACGGGUCCAAACAUGUGAAAGCGGUUGCGUUUGAUCGACCUUACCCACAGGUUAUAGUUUACAUGGAUCUAACGCGUGCCGAAUGCUCCGGAUUCUUCCCAUCAGGAGUUAUAUUGUCGGACUGGUUCAAUCUCGCAGGUCAGAAAUUCUAUCUCAUGGCAAACUGGGUACUGGAUGAGGAGACAGGGUUGUACAGCUUUGGCCUCUGGUUAGGGAUAUAUGGAAAUUCUAUCUCAGGCUCGUCGUGUUUCGAUAUUGAGUUUGCUGCAAGGACAAGAUCGUCAGGAAAAUUCUUGAGCAAGUACGGCGGUAGGCACACAUUCAGCGGGUCUAUGCUGGAGGGAUGCGAUGAUCUUUUUGGAGUUCCAUGGUCGACGUUCAUUGCGGACGACAGCCUCUUCAUUGACGGUGUGCUGCAUCUGAGAGUUGAUCUGACUGCGGUGGAGCAGCCUGAAUUACAGACCUGAUGGUAUUUCACUCAGCAAAGUUAGGGUGUGUCUUGAGCCCUGCAUGUGAUACUGUGAGCUGCUGCAGCAGCCAGGAAGUUUAUUCCCUGGGCAUUGUCCGGGGUAACCUGAAUCAUGUGUUGUUGUUGAUCGGUUGCUACUGCAAGUCAGUAGUAACAUGUGUGUGUGUGCGCUGACUGCUGACUUUUGUAUGUUGCUAUCAUACUUC